UUCGAAACAUUCGGAACAUAAUUUUGAAAAUUUAGCACUGCAUUCUAGAUACAAAACCUGAAAUCGAAACACACACACACCCGGCACAUUUGUUGUGAGGCAAAAUUGAUUCCGUAUUAAGAAAGAUAGCCAAAAGUCAGACUACUCGACCCAACCCCGACCCGAUCAUGUUUCCAUUCUCGCUCAGGAGUGUCGAUCACCUGAAGGUUGACCUGGAGCAGAAGGAACAGGCGGUCAUGCCCACGUGGCCGCAAUUGAAUGAAACAUUUGUGGGCAUCCUCGGCUGGAGUUGGCUCAUCUACGUGGUGUCCGCCCUGAUGGUCCUCAUUUGCGGAUACUUCGCUUACUGCGAACGUCGGCGCCAGAUGGAGUCGACGCGACGUCUCCGCGGGCUACAGCGAGCCCUUGCGAGGCCCCCUCUGAAGCGUCGACCGAAUGCCGCCUAUCGGGAUCAUCAGAUAUAUCGGCACAUCAUAUUGAGCUUGGCCAAGUACAUGAAGAAUCCGGAGGGCGUGCUUCCGUUCAUUGAGUAACUGGAGGCUUGAGCUUUGUCAAUGGUAUCCGAUCGGGGACAGCAGGUGGGAUGCCUUCAGGUUAGGUGGCUUGUAAUUCGAAGGGAAAUGAACAAAAACUUUUGGGAAAUUAAUUGCGAAAUAUACAGUACAGUGGAACUUAAA